AUGGGCAAUACCAAAGUUAACGAGGAGGCUCUCGAGUUCCCAGGUCCAGGCCUGGAGCCCGACUACGGACGCCGCCUGCUCGUCAAUGUGGUCGAUGAGCGUGCAUCAAACGAGCCUGACCGCGCGUUUGUUCAUAUCCCCGUGUCCAACGACCCAAAGGACGGCUGGAAGCCGGUCACAUACAGGCAGGUGUCGAACGCAGUCAACCAUGUAGCCCAUGAGCUUGUUCAGCGGGCCAAAGAUCAAGGAGCUCCGACAGACGACUUUCCCACGAUAGCGUACAUUGGACCAAGCGAUGUCCGCUACCCCAUCUUCAUGCUCGCCUGCAUCAAAGCCCACCACAAAGCCUUCUUCAUCUCACCGCGGAACAGUACAGAGGGGCAGAUCUCGCUCUUCAAGGCUAUCAACUGCAGCAUGCUGUAUUUCGCGGAGUCGUACCUGCAGACGGUUCUACCCUGGCUCGAGCGACACCCUAUGCGGAUUGUGAUGGCCCCCGAUCCUGAGACCUGGCUUGCCUCGACGGCCUCGCCCAUGGCCUUCACAAAGCUAUUUGAUGAGGCGAGAUGGGAUCCCCUGGUCGUGCUUCACACCAGCGGUUCUACCGGGAUGCCGAAGCCGAUCGUCAUGCGCCAGGGUAGUCUGGCCAUUGCCGAUGACCUCCGAAACGGCCCAGACCUGCACGGCGAACCGUCUGCGUGGUCGUACUGGGGCACGGCAAGCAAGUUCUUCCUUCCGAUGCCGUUGUUCCAUGCAGCCGGGACCGCGGCUGUUGCCUCGCUGGGCAUAUACUACGGCGCGGCCAUGGUGUUGGGCAUCACGGCGCGGCCCCUCACACCGGACAUGGCGGUCGAGAGCCUCAAGUACUCCAAUGCUGACGCCGCCAUGCUGCCUCCUUCUGUUAUUGAGGAGCUUAGCCACAUGGACGAGGGCGUAGAGGCUCUCGCUGCCUUGAAAUUCAUUGGCUUUGGCGGAGGGAACCUUGCCGCUGCUGCAGGACACUCGCUUGUGCAACGAGGCGUCUCUCUAAGCAACCUCAUUGCAUCCACCGAAUGUCUCCCAUACGCCGUGCAUUACCAGUCGGAUCCUCGGCUCUGGCAAUACUUCAUCAUCAACACCAAGGAUAUGGGUGCUGAAUUUGAGCCUAUGCCUUGGGAUGCCGAAGUUUUCGAACUGAUUUUUCGCCGCGACGAACUGGGGGAACCUGGACGCAAAGCAGCUUUUUACACAUUUCCUGACAAGACGGAGUGGGCAACAGGCGAUCUCUUCAAACCUCAUCCGACUCUUCCUGAUCAUUGGAGGUACUACGGGCGUGCAGAUAAUAUAAUGGUCUUCUCUAACGGAGAGAAGCUGAACCCCGUCACCAUUGAAGAGACGAUGCUGGGCCAUCCGCGGAUCAAAGGAGCGUUGGUCGUCGGCGACCAGAAGUUCCAGCCCGCCUUGAUCCUAGAGCCUCAUAUUGUGCCCGCGGAUAAGGGGGAAGCGGAUGCGUUAAUUGAGGAGGUGUGGCCGCUGGUCGAGCAAGCGAACAAAGAGACUGUCACACACGGACGCAUCGCCAGAGAGCUGGUGGUCCUGUCGGACCCAGCGAGGCCUUUCUCGCGGGCCGCCAAGGGAUCCAUCCAGCGCAACCAAACCGUCCGCGAGUACAGCGAUUUCAUCGAGGAGCUCUACCGAAAAAUGGAUGAACGGGUGGCAUUGAGUGCCGGAGUCGAGAUUGACCUGUCUAGCAAGGAGCUCCUAUGCCAGUCUAUCGUCAAGGUCAUCCAUGAUAGAAUCGGGAACGUGCGGGUCGGUCCGGACACGGAUCUUUUCGCUGCUGGCAUGGACUCUCUUCAAGUUAUUAACUUGUCCAAGAUUCUUCGUUGGGGCCUGGAGGCCGCUGGCCUGGCUGUCGACCAGAACACGGUGGCUCCGCGAGUGGUAUACGCGAAUCCAACUCCCAGAGCCUUGGCUGACCGUCUCUUUCUGGUCGCUCACGACGAGGAUAUAGGCCAAAGCGAAUCAUCGCGGGAUAUAGAGGCUCUCGCGGACAUGAUUCUGAAGUAUACGGCUGAUCUACCGGCUCCGCGUGGCGAUCAGGCGGAUCCAUUGGAUCAAGAUCAGACCGUGCUCAUCACGGGUACCACGGGAUCUCUCGGCGCAUACAUGCUCGAUCGUCUCAUCUCGAGUGACAACGUCAAGAAAGUAAUUGCCCUCAACCGUGGAGAGGAUGGUGGGCGAUCUCGACAGCCCGCCUUCAAUUCCGAGCGAGGUUUGACCACAGACUUCUCCGAGGUUGACUUCCUCGGUGUCGACCUGUCCGUGCCGACUUGGGGGCUGGAACAAUCUGAAUACGACAGACUGCUGGCCAGUGCGGAUCGCAUUAUGCACAACGCGUGGCCAGUGAACUUCGUCAUCAGUGUGGCUUCCUUCGAGCCGUUCAUUCGCGGCGUCCGGCAUUUGGUUGACUUUGCCAACAGUGCCGCCAAGCGCGUGCCGAUUGUGUUCAUAUCGAGCAUUGGCACGGCAGACGGGUGGACCUCGAGCGACCCCGUGCCGGAGAGGCAACUGAGCGACUUGACUCUUCCGCACAUGGGCUACGGGCGAUCGAAGCUGGCCGGCAGUCUCAUCCUCGAUGCUGCAGCGGAGCGCUCCGGCGUACCGGCGGCGACUGUCCGGGUCGGUCAAAUCGGUGGUCCCCGAGGCAAAAUGGGUAUGUGGAAUCGACAAGAGUUUAUUCCGAGUCUGAUUUCCAGCUCGGUGUAUCUCGGGGUGCUCCCCGACAGCGUUGGACCGAUUGAUGUGGUGGAUUGGACGCCCGUGGAGGACAUCGCGGGGCUGAUACUAGAUGUUGCUGGGGUCACGGCACCGAUGCCAGUAUCGGACAUCUCGGGGUACUUUCACGGCGUCAAUCCCUCGGCGACGACUUGGACUGAGGUAGCCAAAGUGCUGCAGGAGUUUUAUGGCGGGCGGGUUGAGAAGAUCGUCCCGCUAGAGGAGUGGCUGGCCAAGUUGGAAGCGAGUGCGAGCGAUGCCAACGCCAACGCGGACAAGAACCCCGCGAUCAAGUUGCUGGACACCUACAGGGGGAUGGUCGAUGCUAAUCGGGCGGGUCUUGGACAUGUUUACUUCGACAUGAGGCGCACCGUAGAGAAGAGCCCGACAAUGAGGGGUUCGGGGCCCAUUGACGAGGGGUUGGUCAGGAACUGGUGUGAGCAGUGGAAGUUUUGA